AAACACAAAUUAUCCAUAAAUCCCAAUAGUUGAGCAUCUCAAUACUGCAACACUAAAAUAUACCCCUAAACGUAGACGAAGUGCAUCUAAAAACUUUUAAUCUCCCAAAAAAGCUGGUAAAUCUCCCUCAAAGCGCUUCCACCGCCAAAAGUGCUUAGUACGAACCCGGCCGCGCCGCGGCAAGCGCGUAUUGCGCUCCACACGACAACCACCAACACAAAUUCCCAACAGAAUUCAGUUCCCAUGUCGACCCAGCACUCUGCCAAUUCUGAACCAAGACUGUAUCCCGACAAUAAAUAGUUCGUAAGUUUAAUGAAAACCGUAAACAAUAUCUCGAAUGUGACUGAUUAUAGUGAAAGUAAACAAAUGACGCAAUCAGCGUUUAGAGCGCGAGUGAAAGUGUAGUCUGUGGCGCGCCGUGGCUGAGCGCGAACGUAUCAUCGCGUUUAAAAAAUCAAAACGUCAAAGUCAAGAGUACGCGCCAAAAUAAUUGUCAAGAUUUAGUUUUUUUUUGUGAGUGGAGUGAGUUGUGUAGUAAGAAGGUUUCAGCGGUGAAGGCUGUGUUGUUAUAGCUAAACCGCCCCUAUCGCUCGGCCAAUGGCGGGGAGGGUGCCGCCCCCGCGCGGCUCCAUGCCGCAUGUCUGCUUCGCGGUUACGCUCCUGAUACUCGUCGCCGACACAGUAACAUCUCGUCGUCCGGAGCCCUAUUUCGGCCGCCUGAUUGGUCGGCUCACACAGUAUGCGCACGGUAUCAGAGGCACCGUGUACGCUGUGGACGAGAGUACAAUCUUUGUGCGCGGGUUCGCGUACGACGGGACAGGUCCUGAUGCGUAUUUCUGGGUGGGGGACACUCCUCAACCAAGCCCUGAGGGUAUACUCGUCCCCUACCCUGAGGAUUAUACUACAAGGGACCCCCCGAUACUGUCGGCGCAUAGUAACACAGACAUACUGCUGAAGCUGCCCGGAGGCAAGCGCCUGAGGGACAUCAAGUGGAUCAGUGUCUGGUGCCGGAGAUUCACUGUGAACUUCGGUGACGUAUUCAUACCUCCGGUUCUGGACCCUCCCCGGCCUCGUGUUCUGCCAGAGUUCAAACGUCUGGCUCAUGGCCUAAGAUCUGGCAAUAUUAGUGUGCUGGACGCUAAAACCUUCUACAUACCCAACCUGCACUACGAUGGAGCAGGUCCCGACGCCUACUUCUGGGUCGGCAACGGAUCUGAACCAAAUCCUUUUGGAACUAAGGUCCCCAACGAGAUGGGAUCCCUUAAUCCCCUACGUGGCUACCAGGGCGAAGACAUAGAGAUCCAGCUGCCAGGCAAGCUGACGGCGUAUGAUAUAGACUGGCUGGCGGUCUGGUGUGUUGAGUAUCGCCAUAACUUCGGCCACGUCUACAUACCUAAGGACCUGGACGUGCCGCCGGCUUUAGGACAGACUAAAAUUACUCCCGCUUGGUGGUAUAACCCUACGAGUUCAACGACCUCUCAGUCACCAUUCAGUGCCACGAACAACUGCAAGGAGAUCCUCGACAAGAGAUUACAAGUGCGCUGGGAGAUACAGGGUGACCAAGUCCAGAUAACCCUUUCUGCUCGGCUCCGCAAGGAACAGUAUAUGGCGUUCGGUAUCUCUGGAGCUGAAGGUAGACCUGCCAUGCUGGGAGCCGACGUCGUCGUCGCUUACUGGGACACCAGGGUGAACCAGCCUCGUGUAGCAGACUAUUCAAUCAGCCACCUGGCGCAGUGUGACGGAGAGCGCGGCGUCUGUCCCGACCAGAGGAUCGGCGGGACCAACGACGUGCAACUUGUAUCAGGCAACCAAAAGAACGGUAUAACAACGAUCACGUACCGCCGUCCCCUCGCCGCCAAGGAGUCAGUCAGGGACAAGGAGAUCCUCACGUCCAGGUCGCAGUCAGUCAUCGCAGCCUUCGGACCUCUCAACUCCAGAUAUGAAGCCAAUGCCCACUCCUUCAUGGACACCACCAGGAACGACGUGCAAUUGGACUUCGGGGCUCAGAACGAGAACACUUGCAUCGGUCUAGCAGAGACGGACUCGUCGGGCCCGGCGCCCUGGCCGGCGCGCGUCAUCUCCGGCGUCACCAACUUCACCGCGCGGAUCGGACCCGCCGCCGGGGCCAGGGGGUACUCCGCACUCACAGACAAUGAUAUUAGUAACGGAUUCCUUCCAUAUGGUCACCCAUCAUGGGGCAUAGCUUGGUACAUCAACGACCAACUCAUCCCCGAGCUAUACGUGGAGCGAGGCAAGACUUACACCUUCCUUGUCGAGGGAGGAGACGACCGCACCAACCCGGCCAAAUUCCACCCAUUCUACAUCAGCGAUUCCUCGGAAGGAGGUUUCGGACAGAAGAAAGAGGAAGACCAAAGGAAGCAACGCGUGUUUGCUGGAGUCGCGUACGAUAACGAGGGAUACCCGUACCCUACUGCUGUGGGUCGUUACUGCGAGUGGACUCAUAAGACUAUCGACCAGUCGGCCGCCUCCGAGACGUUCGAAGAUUACAUGAAGACAGUACAACUGGAGUGUAAUGAUGGGGAGCCUGCCGUGCUCAACUGGACAGUGGCGCACGAGACUCCUGACCUCGUCUACUAUCAGUGCUACACGCACAACAACCUGGGCUGGAAGAUCCACGUGGUGGAGCCGGGCACGCCGGUGCCGGUGGCGGGCGAGAAGCACGCGCGCAUCAACGCCGGCUCGCUGUCGGCCGCCGCCACCGCGCUGGCUCCGCUCGCCGUCGCCGCCGCCAGCCAUCUCGCCAACAGGCUCAGGUAAUGGGAGAACACGCCGACGACGGGGAUAAUCGACGCGAGGAUAACAUAUUUACAAUAUUUGUAUCUUUUUACUACCAUUUUUUUGUACCGAGCAUCAAUAUAUAACACUGUUGUGAAUAUUGUAGAAUAGAAUAAUCUUCAACAGAAACGAAGACAAUAAUUUUGAAUCUGUAUUCUGUAACGGUAAGAUGACGUAGACAAUAAUAAUGAGUCUGUGUACUCAACUGUCAAAUGUGACAAUAAUGUAGAGUAAGCAUAAAAUAUUUAUAUUUAUAAUUUUAAAAUAUUUUUUACAAUAUUUGUAUUACUAUUAUUGUUCAACAAAUUGUAGACAACAUGUAUUUAUUAGAAUUA